AUGGACUUGAGUUGCAAAAGGUUACUGUUUUUAGUCAUCCUUGCGUUCACUCUUUCAAGCAAAGGGUAUUCACAGCCUCUUGCUCCUGCCAGCAUUACUUUUGGUAAUUCUGCAGUUGAUGUUGGUAACAACAACUAUAUUCCAACUCUUUUCAAGGCCAAUUACCCACCUUAUGGAAAAGACUUCGUCAAUCAUCAACCCACUGGAAGGUUUUGCAAUGGAAAAUUAGUCACGGGCUUCACUGCUGAUACCCUACAAUUUACGAAUUAUGCACUGCCAUAUCUUAGUCCACAGGCUUCAGGCAAGAACCUUCUUAUUGGAGCCAACUUUGCUUCAGCUGGAGCUAGUUAUGAGGACCAAACAUCCAGCAUAAACCAUGCAAUCCCAUUGUCUAAGCAGUUGCAGUACUAUAAGGAGUAUCAGUCAAAGCUAGCAAAGGUUUCUGGAACCAAACAAUCAGCUUCCAUCAUACAGGAUGCAAUAUAUGUUUUGGGUGCAGGGAGUGGCGAUUUUCUUCAGAACUACUAUGUGAAUCCUAUACUUAACAAAGCCUAUACUCCUCAACAAUACAGCUCAAUCCUUGUCAGCACAUUCUCAAGUUUUAUCAAGGUACCUUCUCAACUUAAAAUGCUAUAA